AUGGAUAAAUUUAUCCCUUCACUCUCACCGAGGAUUCCACUGCUUAUGCUUGCAAGAAAAGGAAACAGCGGCGAAUGCGAGUUUUAUCACUUAUCAAAGAAAAAGGUUUGCAUGAGAUUAUCCAUUCCGGAAGUAAUUGGCAAAAGAUGCAUUGAAGUUAGGUUCGGGUGGUUACUAACUCUCACGGAAUCAGGUGACGUUACUUUGUUGAACCCUUUCUCUCGUGCACAAUUUAAGCUCCCCAAUAUUCGAACCUUGCCUAAACCCGAAAAUCUCUGUUACGAACCGUGUCUCAUAUCUAUAAAACUAGGAGUGUUGUCAGAUAAUCCAUCUAGAGUGCCAAAUUUCACCCUAAUGGCAAUUCACUGUCACGGUAGAGCUCUAGGUUUUUGGAGGCCUGGAGAUGUGGUGUGGACGAAAAUAGAAGCUGAUAAUCAUCAAUUCGUACAUGCAAAUUACUACAACAGUAAAUUUUACGUUAUGGACGACUGUCUAAAUAUGUGGGUUUGGGAUGAGGAAGAAGGAAAGUUACUCUCUAUUGUACGAGUCGAGACUACCUGUAAUGAUGACAAUGAUGACAGUGAUGGCUCGUUUGAUGACCAUUUUAUUGUGCUUCAAAUGGAAAACAAGAACGAUUGUUGGGAGAUGGUGAAUGAUAUAGGAGGGGAUGCUCUAUUUCUUGGGUACAAUGCUGCUAUUUCUUUUCCAGAGGCGGAAGCAAAAAGAUUUGGAAUUAAAGGUAAUACUAUAUAUUUUGCUCCUCAUUUCAACAAAACCGUAAGUAUAGUAGAAGGGGGAGCCAAGAAUAUGGGGAUUUAUAAUUUCAAAGAUGGAAGUACUGAACGUUUUCAUGGAGUGGAUCAAUACGACUACCCACACUAUGGACUUGGUAAAUACUUUAAACCACUCUAUGGGGUUGAUCAGUAUCUCAACUCACCCUUUUGGAUAUCUUCCGGCAAUUAG